AUCAUAGACAUGCCUGAACCGGCUAAGUCUGCUCCUGCCCCUAAAAAAAGCUCUAAAAAAGCUGUGACCAAGGCCCAGAAGAAGGACGGCAAGAAGCGCAAGCGCAGCCGCAAGGAGAGCUACUCCGUGUACAUGUACAAGGUGCUGAAGCAAGUCCAUCCGGACACCGGCAUCUCGUCCAAGGCCAUGGGAAUCAUGAACUCCUUCGUCAACGACAUUUUCGAGCGCAUCACUGGUGAGGCAUCGCGCCUGGCGCAUUAUAAGCGCUCAACUAUCACAUCCAGGGAGAUCCAGACCGCUGUGCGUUUGCUGCUACCUGGGGAGCUGGCCAAGCACGCCGUGUCCGAGGGCACUAAGGCUGUCACCAAGUAUACCAGCUCCAAGUAA